GCGGCCAUGUUGGGGGGAGCGGAGGUGCAGCCGCGCCGGCAUGUGGCCCUGAGGGGGGAUAGGGCCGCAGCGCUGGUUUCGGGCUAGAGAUAGCGGGGAGCAGCUUCACCGGCUCCCGUCGCAGCUCCUUCCUGAGGCGGGGGAAGGUCUGGGCUGGCCCGAGGUGACGGUCCCCCCGGUUGUGCUGCUGCCUAGAGUCUGCAGGUCCCUUCUCUGACAGGGUGUGGGGACUGCCUAGAGAGGGUGACCGAACUCCCCCGGCCCGACCUGCAUCGUCUCGGGCUGAGGUGUUUUUCUUUGAGAAUUUGCUGGUGAUUGGUGUUGGGGGGAUGCUGAGUUCCUGAACAGGGCUGGGUGAUAGAUUUGAGCUUAAAACAUCCUUAGAGGAAAAGUCUAAGGCAGUCACCAGUGCUUCUGGCCAAGGCAGGUGUAACAGGGAAAGUGAGAGAGUAGGUGUGUGGGGGUGUGCCUGUCCCAGAGCUGAAGUGAUGUCUGUAGUUUUCACUGGAAAUUUUGUGGGGUUUUUCCCUUGGUUUUUUCCCCAUAGCCAGUAUUUUGCGUAUUACACCACAGCCAAAGUAGCAAAACUGCAUGUAACACGUAAAUAACACAAACUGAGAUUGAUCAUAUUGAUCAUGAAGACCUUUUGUGGAAGAGCUAAUCCAACCACUGGUGCUAUGGAGUGGGUAGAAGAGGAUGAGGACUACGACUACCAUCAGGAAAUAGCAAGGUCACGGUAUGCAGAUAUGCUUCAUGAUAAAGAUAGAAAUGCGAAAUAUUUCCAAGGUAUUCGUGCUGCAGUGAGCAGAGUAAAAGAAAAAGGUGAAAAAGCGAUUGUUCUAGACAUAGGGACUGGCACAGGACUUCUGUCUAUGAUGGCAGCUUCAGCAGGUGCCGAUUUCUGCUAUGCAAUUGAGGUUUUCAAGCCCAUGGCUAAUGCUGCUGUGAAGAUAGUGGAGAAAAAUGGUUUUCGUGACAAGAUCAAGGUAAUCAACAAGCACUCCACUGAAGUCACAGUUGGCCCAGAUGGAGAUAUGCAAUGUCGUGCAAACAUCCUGGUAACUGAAUUAUUUGAUACAGAGCUGAUAGGAGAAGGAGCUUUACCAACCUAUGAACAUGCACACAAAUACCUUGUACAGGAAGGAUGUGAGGCAGUACCUCACAGGGCAACGGUGUAUGCCCAAUUAGUGGAAUCCACAAGAAUGUGGUCCUGGAACAAACUGUUUCCUGUUCAUGUCGAAGCAGAGGAUGGUGAAAAAAUUAUAGUCUCCCCUUCAGAAAUGGAGAACUGUCCAGGUGUUCCUUCUGUUUGUGAUAUCCAGCUGAACCAGAUGCCUUUAAGUGACUUCACUAUCCUUAGUGAUGUGGUGACGAUGUUCAGUGUGGAUUUCAGUAAGCCAGUAAGGAGUGCUUCUACCUACUACAGAGUGCAGCUGGAGCCUGUAAAAUCUGGCAAGGCACAAAUUGUACUUUCCUGGUGGGAUAUCGACAUGGACCCCUCUGGGACAAUAAAUUGCACAAUGGCUCCAUACUGGGUAAAAUCCACUUCUGCUUUCCAGUGGAGAGAUCACUGGAUGCAGUGUGUAUAUUUUCUUCCUAAUGAGGAGCCAGUUCUCCAGGGUGAGAAGGUGUAUCUGACUGCCUCUCGUGAUGAGUACUCUGUGUGGUAUAUGCUGCAGAAAGCCAGAGGAGAAGAAGAUAAUAAAGCAGAUGAUCGUGUUGAAAGUCCUGUUUGUAGAUGUCAGGCUCAUCUUCUUUGGAAUAGACCACGCUUUGGGGAAUUAAAUGAUCAGAACCGAACGCGCCAAUACAUCAAGUCUUUGAUGAAAGUGCUGAAAAGUGAUAGUGUUUGCCUUUGUGUCAGUGAUGGCAGUCUGCUGCCUAUGCUGGCUCACUAUCUUGGAGCAAAGCAGGUGUUUACAUUGGAAAACUCUGCUGUGUCCUGUUCUGUCAUGGAAAAAUUUUUUAAAGCAAAUCAUCUUGAAGAUAAAAUUAAAAUAAUAGAGGCACGUCCUGAGUUGCUGACGUCUGCUCAUUUGGAAGAUAAAAAGAUUUCUGUUCUUGUGGGAGAGCCGUUUUUUACUACAAGUUUGUUGCCGUGGCAUAAUCUGUAUUUCUGGUAUGCUAGGACUGCUGUGACCAGUCACCUUACAAGUAAUGUCACUGUCCUACCUCAGUCUGCUUCUUUGCACAUGGUAAUUGUGGAGUUUCAGGACUUAUGGAGAAUCCGGAGUCCAUGUGGCACCUGUGAAGGUUUUGACGUCCAGACUAUGGAUGAUAUGAUUAAUAAUUCUCUGAAUUUUAGGGAAUCCAAGGAAGCAGAACCUCACCCUCUGUGGGAGUAUCCUUGCAAGUCACUUUCUGACCCCCAGGAAGUUUUGAUAUUUGACUUCAGAAAGCCUGUACCACAAGACUGUCUCAGCACAGAGGGUUCUGUAAAUCUUUUACGGAAAGGAAAGAGCCAUGGAGCAGUUCUGUGGAUGGAAUAUCAUCUUGCUGCUGAUAUCUCUGUUAGUACAGGACUGAUGCAGAUUUCUAAUGAAAAGGGAAACUGUGAAUGGAAUCCCCACUGCAAGCAAGCUGUCUAUUUCUUCAGUUCUGUUACUGAACCAGAAACUCUAUCAGACCUUCCUAGUGCCAUCACAUACACUAUAAAUUUCAACACAAAGACAGGAGAGAUUGCCAUGGAUUUUAAGCUACUGUAAAAUACUUUCCCUUGUGUUCCUAAAUUAUAAUAAACUUAUAUAGUAUUUUUUGUA